AUGAGCGAGCUCAUGACCUUAGCCGAAAAUAAGUCAAGAAUUGAGCAGAAAAGAACAGAUGAUAAUUAUUUAAGUUUCUUAAAAACAGUUGCAAGCAAAGAUACGUAUUUUGUACUAUCUCCGAAACAAUUCGAAAGAUUAAAACUGGUUUCUGAAGCUAUUUUUAAAUUAGCUAAUGAAACUUUAUUAGAAAUAAUAAACCAAAAUGAAGUAGAAUCUUGGAUGGAAUCAAGAUAUGGUGUUGUUAAAUCACUCUGGAAAAACGGUCAAACUGGAAUAAAUUUAGCCAGAUUUGAUUUUGCCUGGGAUCAAGAAAAGAAUUUUAAAAUAUUAGAACUAAAUACAGGAUGUUCUUAUGGUUGGAUAUAUACAAGUUUGAUCGAGAAAGAAGCAUCAGCUGACAAAAUUGGUGUUUCUCUUGCUCCCUCACCAAUGUUUUAUACGAAUUAUUUGUUAAAUAAGUUAGGAUCAAAAAUAGCAAUUAUAACUAAAUUGACACUUCCAGAGAGUGAUUUAUUGGUAAGGCAAAUUGAGAUCAUGGGUGGAGAAACCAAAAUUUUAUAUCUCACUAAAGUUAGUUUCCAAGAUAUUAUUGAUUUUGCACCUACUGGAAUAUUUUGGAAAUGUCAUUCAGGAUUGGUAGAUCAUUCAGAACUGAUAUUCAAGCUAGCCAACUUAAGAUUACCACAAUUACCUUCAUUUGAAUGUAUGUUUAUAUCUGGUGACAAAUCAUUUUUAGCCAUCCUAAACGAUAGGGACACAACUGGUGCUAUACCUAAAACUUACGUAUUGUCAAAAAAUAACUUGGCAAAAAAUCUUAACUUCAUAGAACAACAUAAAGCAGUCCUCAAGGCAGGUGAUUCAGCAGGAGGUAACGAAGUUGUAUUGGGAAAAAUUUUUAAAAAUAGUUGGGAGGACAAAUUAUAA